AUGAACGAUAAUGGACAGAACAACGGGCUCGCAAUGGUUUUCGCCUUUUUUACCGGAUUCAUGGCAGGCGCGGUUAUCAGCCUGCUCUAUGCCCCGAGUUCCGGCAAGGAAACCCGACAAAAGAUUCGUGACACGUCGACUGAAGCAAAAAACCGGACAGUUGAGAUAGCGAACCAAGCAUCCGAUAGUGCGAGGGAAGGCGUUGAGACCUUCGUGAAACAGGGCAGAGAAAGCGUUCACACCAUUGUAGACAGUGGAAAAGAACGCCUCCAGCAAGCAGGUGAUCAGGUAAAAAGUGCUGUGGAAACAGGCCGUAAAGUUUCCGCAGAUGUCCGAACCAAAAUCGCUGGGACUAUCCCGGGUAUUGACAACACCGAAGAAACUGAUGAAGAGGCUACCGAGGAAGCCUAA